UCUGAACCUCGAAGCAUCUUGCUCAAUGAGAAUCACUGAAGUAUUGCCACAAAAGUUAGGAACAGCAUAAGGACGCCUCCUGUCACUGUGAUCAUUUGACAUUCUUCUAGAUACUAGCCAUGAUAAAAGUGAACGAGAUUGGAAGUUGAAAAGAAAAAAGCCAAGAAGAAGAGGAAAAACGAUCAUUUGGGACCCCAGAAAGAACAUUAACAAACCAAUAUCAGAAUGAUUAGCAUGGGCAACAAAUAGAUAAGACGGAUGUCAAUGAAGGAAAAGACGGUUCCUAUACAUAUGAAAAAUAGUCACCCACGCUCAUGUGGAGUAAUGCAAGAAAAUCACUAAGAUACAGUUUUUCAGUGAUCAGAUUGGCAGAUGAAAUCAUGAGGAAGGAUAUGCGGAAACGAAUACAAUGUUGGUGCAUAAGGAGGGGCUCUUUGCAGCAGGGAAGCUCUGCAGACAUUAAGGAGAGGAAGACGACAGGCUGGGCUUUUGUUUUAUUUUCUCUUUCUCUUUGAGCUGAGCUGGCAAGUCUCAGGUUUGAAUGGGAGUCAUCUGGGUUUCUUUGGACAGUAAAUCAGGAACAACAAUGGACCAACACGAAUGCGGUCACCCUGGACCAUAUAUGAAGAACCAACGUGCCAGAGGAUCAGAGCUGAGAAUCAUUCUGGUGGGCAAAACAGGAACGGGCAAAAGUGCCACCGGGAACAGCAUCCUUGGGAAGCAAGCAUUUGGGUCCCAGCUGACUGCCCAGCCCUUCACUAAGACUUGCAGUGAGAGUCAGGGAAGCUGGGGAAAGAGAGAGAUGGUCAUUAUCGACACACCGGAUAUGUUUUCUGGGGAGGACCACUCCGAUGCCCUGUGCAAAGAGGUGCAGAGGUGCUACUUACUCUCUGCCCCAGGACCCCAUGUGCUGCUCCUGGUGACCCAGCUGGGCCGAUUCACCGCCCAGGACCAGCAGGCUGUGCAGAGGAUGAAGGAGAUCUUUGGAGAAGAUGCCAUGAGUCACACAAUUGUCCUCUUCACCCACAAAGAAGACCUCGAGCGAGAAUCCUUGACGGAUUACCUCCAGGACACAGAUAACAAAGCCCUACGCAAGCUGGUGGCAGCAUGUGGGGGGCGAGUGUGUGCCUUUAACAACUGUGCUACAGGGAGGGAUCGGGAUGGCCAAGCGAAGGAGCUCAUGGACUUGAUAGAAGGCCUGGUGUUGGAGAAAAGGGGUGACCACUACACCAAUGGGCUCUACAGCCUUGUAACAGCGUCAGCAUGUGGAUCUGUGUGCGAAGAGGAAGGGGUAAAGGAUUUCAAAAGAGAUCUUAGGAAGUACAUGGAAAAUCAGAGACGAUACUCCACCAUGGCCAAAGCAAAUGACCUGAAACAAGCCCUAAUCAAGACACCAGUCUUUAUUUUUUCAGUUUUUAUUCAUUUCUUUCUCAAAUUGCCUGUUCUGUUAUUUUGUGUAUUGUAUAGAACGUGCGUCUCGUUUUGCUGCUUUCUUUUCAGUGUAUGCUGUUUGUUCUGUAGCUUACUGUUAAUGAUAGCCAAAAUAUUGAUGAUAAGUUUGAGAAAGAUCACUGGGCUGGAAGGCAAGACUCCUAGAUUAUCGUUACAGGGCAGAGAUUAUUCAUUCACGACCAGAUACCGGGUGAGUCCAAGUGCCUCCCCUGGAAAACGCAGUGCCUGACAUCAGUAAAUGUUUGUGGUUCUGUGAAGUGUUUAAAUCUUAACAUCACUCUCUUAAUGACCCAAGUUAUUUUAACAGUUACUGUCUGCCUUGAAAUUUAAUACGAAAAGCGUUUGAAAGCUGUAAACAUAAAAUUCCUCUCAUUUGCAAACCUCUAAAGCCAGUUUUAGGUUCCUGGAAACCCCUUUUCUUCUUUAUGAUACUACUAUUUCUACUGAACAUAAUAAAAACAACAAUAAAGCUUCUACUCGGUAGAAGAACAUAGCAAUAAUAAAUAAGAUGUAAAGUUCCUGA